AUGCCCCGGGGGUGGCGCUGGGGGCUGGAUUGGGUGCCCCGGGGACGGGGGGGGCAGGUGAGGGCGGGGCCGGGGCUGGGGGCUGGAUGGGGUGCGCUGGGGGCUGGAUUGGGUGCCCCGGGGACGGGGGGGGCAGGGGCGAAAGCCGUACCAAGGCCCCUGCAGUCCACCUACCCCAGGCCCGGCCGCCUGCAGCGCUACCUGUGCAGCGGGGAGUUCGACCAGCUUUGCGACUUCCCCAUGUUUGAGAGCAACUUUGUCCAGGUUACUCGAUUCGGAGAGGUAGCCAACAAGGUGACCAUGGGCGUGGCAGCCAGCAGCCCGGCCCUGGAACUGCCCGACAUCCUGCUGCUGGCCGGGCCUGUCCCGGGGAAGGGGGGCCUACAACUGUUUGAGCUGAUCCCCCUGCAGUUUGUGGAACUGUACAUCCAUGACGAGAAGCGUCAGCAGCUGAAGGUGAAGCUGUGGUCGGGCCGCACCUUCUACCUGCAGCUGAGGGCCCGGGCCUCCGAAGACCAGGAGUUUGGCCGCUGGGUUCGGCUGCUCUAUCGCCUUCGCUUCCACUCGGACACGAAAGUGCCCUUCACCCAGUCCCCGGAGCCCAAGGAAGAGGAGAAGUGAAGGCCGAGAGACGCCCCCCAUUCUGUGGAGACUCGAUGUGAGAUGCUGCUGCCGCUGUUACUGCCACCUCCCACGUGGAGCUCGUCUGCCCCCGUGCUCCCCCAGCUCCAAAGACAUCAGCCCACAGCCAGGCCAGGACACACGCACAUACCACCCUUCCUCCCUCCCCUGGACACCGAAGAACCGGAGAGAGAACUCUCUUCCUGGACAGAGGCAAACAGAACACCAAGUCUAAUAAAGAUUCUGUAUGUCAGA